GAUGUAUCCGCCUGCCAGUGAGCCCUCGGCUGUAAAUGUGGGCUAACUUCAAGCUGUUUGGUUUUGUUUGGACUUCUAUAAGUUGCCAAGCAUAGUCUCGCUAAUUCCUCCUGGUUUCCCCUUGAAGGAAGUGGAGUCGCCCGGAGGAGAAGUCAUUGACUCUCAUCCAGCUGCUGAAGUCGCUGUGAGAUGAUGUACUCAAACAGGGCCGAGCACAGUAACAGGCGGCCGUCCGGGGACAGAAGCGCAAGGCAGUGGGACGACUAUGAUGACAGAUGGGAAGAGAGGCGUGAUCCUCACAGGGAUUCCUAUCAGAAACAUGGGGGGGAUGGACACAGCAGCGCCGAGAAGACAAACAAUACUAGAGGGUACAGCGACUCACCUAAGAGGUGGUACGUUAAAGACGCAGUGAGCAGAGACGGGAGCAGAAAGAGCCCAGUGAGAGGACGCAUGUCUUCACCUGACUGGGGUGAUGCUGACAAGACAAGGCGAAGGUAUGCAAAGGAUCAUGAAGACAAUUACAGGUACAGGCGUGAACCAGAUGAAAGGAAGCACAGACAGUCACCCGAGAGUUUUUCACAUAAACGUGCACCCAAGGAUUUCGAACAUGCGCUUCCACAGGACGAAGAUCUCAAAUACAGGAAAUCCUCUCAGGACUCCAGACACAGGCACAGGCAUGAGGAGUAUCCCGACAGACAACAACAUGAUGAUUACAAAUCGUCUGUAUAUUACAAAGACAAAGAUCAUCACAAAGGGAGAUGGGAUCAUUCAGAAGAGAGGACUCGAUCACAAGAGCGGAUUGGAUCACAAGAGCGCUCUACAAAGACUUGUGGCCAACCUAGAGAGAAGAAUGACUGCCGUUCCAAAGGACAUGAGUAUCAUCGUCAGCAUAGAAAAGGGUUUGCAUUAAAUGAACCUUGUGGGCAGUCAUUCAAGAGUGACAUCCCCAACCAGGGUCCUUCUGUUCCUGAGCAGAAUUCAACUAGGGGUUUCCAGCGUUUCCUCGAUUUGCUCAACAAGGGUGUGAACGUUGCAAUGCUCACCAAAGUUGUGGCUCAGACCCCUCCAGAAGUCAAAGAUGGACCACGUUCUCCAGUUUCUUUCAACACUGCAGAACGUCAGUGGUCACCCAGUUCUGCUAGGAGGCAACAAGGAAGCCACCAAAAUAACCACUGCUGGCCUGAGAGCGAAGGAUCCCAGAGACCGACGUCUCCACAGCCUCAUCACAGGAUCUUCAGCCCAAAGAGAGGCUCUCCACCUGAUGAAAAAUCCUUGUUAAGGAGAGAUGCCGGACAAAGCCACUACAGUUCCAUUAGAUCCAGGUCUCCUUCAGUGGUGGGAAACACCACCCUGACCCCUGAAGAUGAGCACAAGCACCGGCAGAUGCAAGAUGUUCUGCAGGCCAUCGGCAUGGAUUUAGGAUCUGAGGAAUUGGGUCAAAUGUCACAUCGAAUCCAGGAGCGUUUAUACGGAAAGAAGGACAGUGAUAGGGGCCGCCAUCAUGGAGGUAUUACGGAAAGGGACAGAAGGCGAGCAUUUUCACAGAGACAUCGCAGUAGAUCAUCAUCAUCAAACAGAUCUAAUUUCAGCUCUCUGACUCGGGACAGUUACGUGAAAAAAGACUCAUGUAGGGGUAGUGCUCGGAGGGAUGUAACAGAGGUACAUCAAAUACAGGUACAUCAAAUGCAGGUGCAUCAAGCGAUUGAAUAUGAACGGAAUGAUAGCAGUAGUUCUUUAAAAGACAGCGAGCAAUGUGAAACUAACUCCCAGGAAAGCACUGUUGCAUUACAAACAUUUUCUCCAAGCACCACAUACAGUUUAUUACAAUCACCUCUUACACCUGCGAUACCGACAUACUGUCCAGUGAACUACUCACAGCUGUCAUACCCAGCUCUACAUCCAUCUCUGCCUCCCAACCUGCCCCCGAAUUUCCCCCAUGUUAGACCCGGGCAUUUUUUGCCUCCCUACCUCCCUUAUCCCAUCAUCCGGCCUAUGAACGUCUUUCCUGCAGCACUCACCCAAACCAGUCAACUAUUCCCACAACAGAUUAGUAAUCCUCACUCAGCCCUUUUUAACCAGGAAAGUAUAAACCCACUUCAGCCACCGAACACAGCACAAAAAUUCCAAACGCAGGCAAGGCCCAGGUGUCUGCAGGUCAUCGAAACCAAACAACCCGGAUGAAGAAAAAUACACAUUGUGAAUUUCUGUGAACUCUGACAUUGACUGAUAGUCACAAAAUUAUCUUACACCUCUGUAGAAUUGUAGAUGAUUUUUCAUAGAAUAAACAGUUUGGGCCUUCAGCAUGUCCUGCUUUAACCCCAAAUCACACGUUUGAAUAGGAAUUGGAGAGUAAAGAGUAAAGCCAGGAAUCAUGAGGACAAGAGAAGCUAAGGAAAUUAACAGUAGUUGAUGACAAGUAAUUUCCAAAACCCUCAGGAGCUGAGUUCAUUACUCAGUCCUUUAACCACAGCACAUCAUCAGGCUAAGGAAAAACACUGAAGGUUUUUUGAAUGUUACUUCCGACAGCAUCGGCUUCUUCAUUCUAUGGUUUAAAAUUUGUUUAAUAAACUGAUACACUAA